GUCAUGGGCAACUUGACACAUUAACAACAACUCUGGAGACGGCGUCAGUGACAGUUGGUCUUUUCGUUACACAGCGCAAACACUGCUGGGAAUAUCAUCUGCUUCUGUAAGAAGAGCCGAAGAAUUGGAAGUACGGGCCCAGCUGCUCCAAGUCCUCUCUGUCAUGGAGUAAUAUUGGGAAAGUUUCUUUUAGUCCAUUGCCACAACACGUCUACCACCGCCCUUUUUUGUGUGAUACCUUGCCAGAGUUGUAUCAUGAUGUUGAGCACUGAUGCCCAGCAGCAGAGGUUCAGGUCAUGACUGGAAGGAAACCAUGAAGCAGCCAGGGAAGUGACCUCGGUGGACACUAUAGCCUGAGGGUGCCUACUCACCGGCACCAUGGCAUCCAACGAGAGACUGUACGAGGUCUGGAUGCUCUACUGCACUAAGAGGGAUCCAGACUACUUGAAGCUAUGGCUGGAGAUUUUCAUCAGCUCCUAUGAACGAUGCCUGGAUGUGGACUUCGAAAAGCCACCGUCAAGGCCAGAGGAGGUUCCUCCGGUGUUGACCCUCCUCCCAGACAACAUCCUGCAGGUUUUGCGCCACCAGCUGCUGCAGUGCGUCCAGAAAGCCUCCGAUGGCCUGGAGCCUGAGCAGCAAAACCUGGCACUGCUGCUGCUCAAGUUCCUUAUCAUCAUCUGCAGGAACCUGUCCAACGUGGAGGAGAUCGGCACUUGCUCUUACAUCAAUCACAUCAUCACCAUGACGACACUCUAUAUUCAGCAGCUGAAGAGCAAGACCAAAGAGAAGGAGAUGGCCGACCAGAGCCAGGCCGAGGAGUUUGUCCGUCAUGCGCUGGCUUUCUGCGAGAGCCUCUACGACCCUUACCGCAACUGGAGGCAUCGAACCUGCAGAGAGCAGCUGGGUACAGUAGAGAGGAGCAGACAGAAGUACAAAGCAGCUCCGCUCACUGUUGAGUUUGUUCCCUUCUUUUACCAAUGCUUCCAGGAAAGUGAACACCUGAAGGAGAGUCUGAAAUGCUGCCUGCUGCACCUGUUUGGAGCUAUAGUAGCUGGUGAUCAGAGGAAUGCUCUGCUCGCCAUCUCUCCAGCCACCAUGGAGGUGUUGAUGCGGGUGCUGGCUGACUGCUCCAUGGGUAGUUGCUCUUCAGACGAGGGCGAGGACUGGGACAGCGAGGCCCCCGACCGUAAGGCGCUGUUGACUCUGGGCUGCCUGAGGGAGGUGGUGCAGCGCCUCCUGGCCUCCAGCUCUGACCAGCGGCAAGUGGAAAUCGCCUCUGUGCUGGAAAACUACUUCAAGCUGCUCAACUCGGACCCGGCGGCUGUGGUUGCCGCCCGACAGCAGCAGCAGCAACAAGCCAAGGGCCGAGUGCCGACACUAGGCCGACACUGGGAGAGCCGAUUUGUGGCGCUGCAAGUAAACAUGCUAGACACUAUCAGGGACAUGUUCCUGUGUUCAGACAGGCCAGUUCUACAAGCCAUCUUCCUCAACAGUAAUUGUUUUGAGCACCUGACACGACUGCUGCAGAACAGCAAGGUGUUUCAAGGGCGACUAGACUCCUUGGCUGUCGCAACCAUCAAAGCCCUGACAACAGUGAUGCACAACUCACCAGCUGCAAAGGAGGUGUUCAAGGAGAGGAUUGGUUACAAUCACCUGUAUGAAGUGCUCAUCUCGCUCGGCCAGCCGUCUCGACACUUACUCAAAGAGCUGAUGAACAUGGCGGUGGAGGGUGAGCACACCUCAGUGGGGCUCCUGGGCAUCAGUAAUGUGGAGCCCUUGCUGCUGCUCGUCCAGUGGCUCCCAGAGCUGGACUCAUCGGAGCUGCAGCUUUUUACAGCCGACUGGCUCCGCCGCCUCAGCUGCCUCAACCGCCAGACCCGCGCAACCUGCGUCAAUGCUGCCAUGGUCAUGCGAGCACUUGCUGCCCUGGAGCGUCACCAGCGGCUACACAGAGCUUGCGCUGAGAGCCUAUUGGGAUUGGUAGGCUCACUGGGCUCCCAGUCCAUGAGUGCCAGGGAACUCUUGGCGCUCCUGCGCCUCCUCAGGCCUCCAGAGUCUAGCCAAGCACACCCCUACGUGGGUCCCGCCCUGAAAUCCCUCCUCGCCAUGGUACGCAAACAGGGCCUGGAAAGUGCCAUGCAGUACUUUGAUCUGUCACCUAGCAUGGCUGGUAUUGCAGUUCCUACAGUGCAGCGCUGGCCAGGCUCUGCCUUCAGCUUCCUGGCCUGGUUGUCACUGGACCAGGACCAGCUGGGACCAACCAGCAAAGACAAGAGGAAGCAGCUCUACAGCUUUUUUACCCCAGGUGGGACGGGGUUCGAAGCCUUCAUCAGCUCAGCGGGUGUGCUGGUGGUGGCUGUUUGUACGAAGAAGGAGUAUGUCACAGUCAUGCUGCCUGACUACUGCUUCUGCGACUCUCUGUGGCACAGCAUCGGUGUGGUGCACGUACCAGGAAAGAGGCCGUUCGGGCAGAGUCUCGUCUACAUUUAUGUGGAUGGACAGCAGAAACUGUCUGCCCCCCUCAAGUACCCCACCAUGACAGAGCCAUUUACCUCCUGCUGCAUUGGCUCAGCAGGCCACCGGACCACCACUCCCCCGCCGUCCCAGAUCCCAGACCCUCCCUUCUCCUCAGCCACCACACCCACCACUCGCUCCUCGCUGGGUGGGAUCCUGUCACCACAGACGUGGGGAGGACUGCUGGGGGGAAAGCCUGAGUCUGUGACUAAGCUCAUCUCAGCGGGGACCCAGGACAGCGAAUGGGGAAGCCCCACGUCGCUGCAGGGCCAACUGGGAAGCGUCAUGGUGUUCCAUGAGCCCCUACAGCCCAACCACAUAAAAGCCAUCUGUAGUGCUGGUCCAAACUGUAUCUCUCCAUUCAAAGCCCAGGAAUCAGAACUCGGUGACCUUUCAACCAAAUUGCUGCUACACUACUCACCCAAGGCGUGUAGGAACCCCAUCUGCCUCGAUCUGUCCCCCAACAUGCUGCAUGGACGCUUGACUGGGAACAAAGUCGUCAACUGGGAUAUCAAGGAUAUGAUCAACUGUGUGGGCGGCCUGCAAGUGCUUAUCCCUAUACUGGAGCAGUUAUCUCUGAUGACCCCUGAUCAACAGGCCAUUGAUCCUGCAGCUGGGUCAGAUUUCAUCACUCCUGAUGUGACCACACCAGCUGAUGGAGACUGGGUCAUUCUCCCAUCUAACAGAGCUUCAGAGGCACGCCUGGAGAAGAAUCUGGUGGCCACCUUACUGCUGGUGCUGAAACAUUUCCUGCAGAGACACCUAAUCAACCAGGAGAAUCUGCUCCACUCGCAUGGUCUCGGCACACUGGGAGCCCUGCUACAGAAGCUGCCAGCGGGUCAUGUGGACGUCAGCGUGCUGGUUGCUAUGCAGCUGCUGAUAGAGCAGGUGACAUAUGAGAAGAACCAGGCUCUGCUGCAGCAGCUUCACACACAUCUACUGUUCAACUUCAACAUCUGGAACAAAGGAGACUUCCCUUUACGCAUAGGUCAUAUCCAGUACAUGUCCACUGUCAUCAAAGACAACAGGAAGCAGUUCCGUAAAAGAUAUGGAGUUCAAUUCCUUUUGGACACAAUACGCCUCUAUUAUGGGAAGAACAGUAAUAAAGAGAGUGACCUUAGCGAAGAUGACAUUCGUACCAUCCGGGCGUCUCUCUGUGGCCUCAUCAAGUACUACAUCGGCAAGGGCAUGUCACAGGAGGAGAUGCACAGCAUUCUGGGAUACAUGGCUGCUAUCGGGGACGAGGAGCAGCUCUGUGGGCUGCUGGAAUUGUUGAUUAGCCUCCUUCAGAGCAGUCAAUCCAGGGACCAGCUCUUCUUGCUCCUUUAUGAGCCCGGGGCGGCCGACUCCUGCUACGCUCUUCUGCUCAAUAACAAACACUCAGACCGACUCCGAGAGCUUGUCUUCAAGUUGUUUGAACGCAUGUUGCGCUACGACCGUGUCUAUGAGAAGAAUAAACAGCGUUUGCGGCUGAGGGAGGCAGGAUACGCCGGUCUGUCGCUGCUCUUCUCCGAACUUCACAUCACUCCAACCCUGAUCCGAUGUCUCCUCAACCAGGUCCUCCACACAGAUCACGUAGUGAACUAUAAGGACCUAAUGGCUCUGGUCCAGCUGACUCACCGGGCCGGACCCAGCGUACGCCUCCUUGUCUGCAAGAGGGUGUACCAGCUGCUACAGUCCCAACAGGAUGCUGCCGUCCAGAUAUCAAGGCAGCAGUGUUGGCAGGACACCCUCAUGCGGCUCUACCUGCGAGGUGAAGGGUCAUUGCCACUGCGGAGUGCUGACACCGUCAGCACCUGUAGCCUGGACUUGAACCGGCCCAGUGGCAGCAGCACUAACCGCCUGGAGCUGCCGUUGGAGAGGAGGGCGCGGACAGGCAGCUCUGGCCGCUUGGACCGGAUGGAGGAUGACCGGCUCAGCAUAGGUGAUACUCGCUCUGUAGACAGCCUGGAGAACGGUGACGUCAUCUCGCUGCUGGACACACCAUCUUCCUCUGCCUCCACUGAGCCACAACUCCACGUCAAGCCCUGGGUAGUGGGAAAAUCAGGGGGCUUGAUGCUGGAUCUGUCCCACCUGCAGGCGUACGAGGGCGGGGAGAGCGGCAGUCAAACGCCUGGUAGCAUGCCCAGCACACCGUCACCCCUGGAGACUUCUAAGCCUUUCCCAGGGAGCUCCGGGGAUCGAGAUGCAACUUCCACCUUGACUGAAGACAGCUUUCUCUUCAGUGACAGCAUCUCAUUGGGGGAGUCCUUCAACAAUGCUGAGCGAGCAGAAGAGGAACUGUGCAGCAUGCUCCUGGAGAUAGUGCUGUGUGUGAUGUGGCGUGGUGUAGAAGGUUCUGAUGAUACAGCAUGGCUGGAGCGCGGCCAGGUCUUCUCAGCUCUCACCAAACUGGGCACCGCCAACGAGCUGCUGCUUCCUGUCGACCAAAUCAAACUCAGUCUUAUGGAACGUAUGUUGGAGUGGGCGGUGAGUGAUAACCGUGAGGCAUCUGCUGCCACGUUACCACAACACACAGAGAACGCAGUGCGGUUGCUUCACAUGGUACAAGAUUUCCUGCAGGCGGAAGGCCUGGUCAAUCCAGCGCUGUGGACGGAAAAGGUGCUGGAGGAGACUGUGACGCUAAUGGACAGCCUCAUGGUGUGGUACUCUUCAGGCACCCAGUGGUUCCAGCUCUCCCAAGUUGGACUUAGACUUCUGCUGGGCUUCAUGGCCCAAGAAGACCCUGAGGUGUGUGCUAUGGCUACUGCCAAACUCAAUGGCAUCCUGCAGACGAAGGAGGUGUCCAGCCAGGACGAAGCCUGCUACCUGCUAGGUAAGGUGGAGGGCAUCCUGCGGCGCUCCGUCCAGGAGCAGACAGAGGAGAUGUACUCUUUCCUGGUUCCUCUGCUGCGAACGCUGCUCUCCAAAGUCCACCGCCUACUCUACAUGGAGCUGCACCUCCCCCAGCUCCCCGACACCAACGGCAGCCCGUCCUUCUUCGAGGACUUCCAGCUGUACUGCAACUCGCCUGAGUGGCGCGUCUACCUCGACAAAUAUAUUAUUCCGUAUAUGAAGCAGUAUGAAAUAGAGAUGUUCAGCCAGGGUCAUGAGACCAUGGCUCUCUACUGGAAGGAGUGCUAUGAGGCCUUCAUGGUCAGCCUGCAUAAGAGAGAGAGGGAGAGGGGCGAGAGCAAGAUCCGCUUCCAGGAGCAAUUUGUGGAGCCCUUCUCACGCCGAGGCCGCCAGGAGAACCUACGCUACAACAGCAUGUUGAAGCAGCAGCACAGCCAGAACAGUGCCACCCUGAGGCAGUGGAAGGCAGCACGGCGGGGUCUGGUGUGUGAGAGGGGGCCCUGGGCUGAAAGGCAACAGGAUGAGAUGCACUGGAGGGUGUCCAGUGCUGAGAACUUCUCCCGUAUGAGGCUGAAGCUGGUCCGAAAUUACAACUUUGACCCUCACAGAGAGGCCAGCGCUCUGAGAGACAACCUGGGUGUCCAUCAGCAGCGUGUAAACCCAGAGUCUCUGCUGCUGGAGGCUGUGAAGCAGGUUAAAGUCAGCGACUUGGAAGACGACAUACUGGAGCUUCCGGAGGACGACCCCGCUGCUGCCAACAACCAGGUUGAAGCAGAGGAGGCAGGUCAGAAGGAGAAGCUGGUGCUGUGGGAGGACUGUGAGCUAGUGACAGUGGUGGACGUGGUGCCUGGCCGCCUGGAACUCACCACCCAACACAUCUACUUCUAUGACAGCAGCCAGGAGAAAGAAGAAGGAGUGGGCCACGACUUCAAAUGGCCCCUGUCUCAGAUCCGAGAGGUCCACCUGCGACGAUAUAACCUGCGUCGCUCAGCUCUGGAGAUCUUCCUCAUCGACCAGACCAACUACUUCCUCAACUUCAAGAAGGAGGCAAGAAACAAAGUCUAUAGCCGAAUGUUGCUGCUGCGAUCCCUCAGCCUGUAUGGAACCCGUUCACCACAGGAGCUCCUCAAGGCCUCUGGACUCACACAGAAAUGGGUGAACCGGGAGAUUUCCAACUUUGACUACUUGAUGCAACUCAACACGAUUGCGGGCAGAACAUACAACAACCUGGCUCAGUACCCAGUGUUUCCCUGGAUUCUCUCUGACUACACAUCAGAGGAGCUGGAUCUGUCUGAUCCUCGUGUAUUCAGGGACUUGUCAAAGCCAGUGGCGGUACUUAACAACCGCAAUGCCAAGGCUGUUAGAGACAAGUAUGAAAGUUUCGAGGACCCAACAGGCACCAUUGACAAGUUCCAUUAUGGCACCCACUACUCAAACGCUGCUGGGGUGAUGCACUACCUGAUCAGAGUGGAGCCCUUCACCUCCCUGCACAUCCAGCUGCAGAGUGGACGGUUUGACUGCGCCGACCGCCAGUUCCACUCCAUCCCAGCGACAUGGCAGACCCUCAUGGACAACCCCAACGACGUAAAGGAGCUCAUCCCCGAGUUCUUCUACUUCCCAGAAUUCCUUGAGAACCAAAAUGGCUUUGAUCUGGGUCGCCUGCAGAUCUCCAAGGAAAGAGUAAAUGAUGUCAUUCUGCCCAAAUGGGCCAAGUCCCCUGAGGACUUCAUCUACAAGCACCGCAAAGCCCUGGAGUCUGAGUAUGUGUCCGCCCACCUUCAUGAGUGGAUCGAUCUGAUCUUUGGUUACAAGCAGAGGGGCCCUGCAGCCGUGGAGGCCCUCAACGUCUUCUACUACUGCACAUAUGAGGGGGCGGUGGACCUGGAUGCCAUCACUGAUGAAAAGGAGCGCAAGGCCGUGGAGGGCAUGAUCAGCAACUUUGGACAGACACCCUGCCAGUUACUCAAGGAGCCCCAUCCAGUGCGUCUGUCUCAGGAGGAAGUGGAGAAGAGGAAGGCUCAGCUGGACUCAUGUCCUCUUAACAUGUUUGAACACCUCAGCAACCUCAAGUCCUUCUUUGUUGAGGGCAUCAGUGACAACGUACCGCUGGUUAAAGCCGUGGUGCCAAAGAAUCAGUCCCAUUCCUUCAUCACCCAGGGGAGCCCCGACACCAUGGUGACUGUGAGUCAGAACUGCCUGGUUGGGACCCAUGGGUGGCUGCCUUACAACAAGAACAUCUCUAACUACUUCACCUUCAUCAAGGACCCCACAGUGUCCAACACCAAGACCCAGCGUUUCCUGUCAGGACCCUUUGCCCCCGGUAUGGAGGUAACAGCGGGACUGUUUGUGGUCUCACACGAUGGCAAGUUGCUUUUCAGCGGUGGCCACUGGGACAACAGCCUCCGAGUCACCUCCCUGGUCAAGGGCAAGACCGUGGGACAGCACAUCCGACACAUGGACAUUGUGACCUGCUUGUCAACAGACCACUGCGGCAUCCACCUGAUCUCCGGCUCCAGAGAUACAACCUGCAUGGUGUGGCAGGUUCUGCAGCAGGGUGGAGCUCCCGUAGGUCUCUAUCCUAAACCAGUUCAGGUGUUGUAUGGACACACGGAUGAGGUGGUCAGUGUCAGUAUCAGCACAGAGCUGGACAUGGCUGUGUCUGGAUCACGGGAUGGGACGGUGAUCAUCCACACGGUGCGUCGGGGUCAGUACAUGCGUUGCUUGCGACCGCCGUGCGACAGCUCUCUGCCGCUGUCUAUCCUCCACCUGGCCGUGUCCUGGGAGGGUCACCUGCUGGUCCACACCUGCCUGGAGGGCAAAGCAACACUGAAGGAUAAAAACGCUCUCCACCUUUACUCUGUAAAUGGGAAGCACCUCUGCAGUGAGCCUUUGAAGGAGCAAGUGACUGAUAUGUGUGUUUCAGGAGAGUAUGUAGUCAUCGGCAGCGAGCAGGGAUACCUGUCCAUUCGAGACCUCUACAGUCUGUCUCUGUGCGCGGAGCCCAUGGCCAUGAGGGUGCCGGUGCGUUGCGUCUCCGUCACCAAGGAGCAGAGCCACGUCCUGGUGGGCCUCGAGGACGGCAAGCUGAUCAUCGUGGGCGUGGGCAAGCCAGCGGAGAUGCGUUCGGGCCAGAUCACACGGAAGCUGUGGGGCUCCAGCAAGAGACUGACCCAGAUCUCCUCGGGGGAGACGGUGUACAACACCCAGCACGACCAGAACUGACACCCAUCCCAGCCCCCGAACCCUAAACCCUCUCCUCCACGUUCAUCCCACAUUCCUCCAUCAUCAUCACCCAGUUUGCCUCCUUACCUGUCAAUCACCAAACAGGUGGCCUCAUUCAUUCUGUCUGACUGUCCUUAAAAACUCCCUUCAGUUCCUCCACCACCUUCCCUCAGUUCAGUGGGUGGUGGGCAGCGGUUUUGGGGUGCACAGAGUAUCACAAAGUCUGCAUGUCCAUACGUCUGUUUAUGUUUUUCUCUGUGUGUAUCCCUGCUUUGGAUUGAGCAUAUGGCGCUGGCGCUGUGGCUCAAAUCCAGAAGUAGCCUCAGCACCACUACCCACCACCACACCCAAACAUCAUGGCUUCUCUCUUCAUCCCCCGGCUACUCAUCAUCAUUUCUACAUCACACUACACGGUCAGCCUAAUGUUUCUCAAGCAGGAGCCUGUUCACAGAAACACUGUUUAUUCUCCAACCUGCUCAGCUCAGAUUUGACAAGAUCGGUCAGCUAACUGCUCUCCUAGCCGAGGAGGGGUCGAUCGCUGAGCUUCAAACAUGUACGUGCGUGUGUAUGUGUGUGUGUAUGUGUACGCGCGUGCACGCAUGCGGAGUGUAUCGUUCUAUCUCAAAAUAUAGUUUCAAGUGGCCUUUUUGUCCCCCCUUAGUUUGCCUUCGAUGCAGACAGGCGGGCCUGUACUCUGUAGGCUGAGACUUUUAAUGGUUGCCUCAAAGCUGCCACACAGCAGCCUUAUGCAGUAAGACGGCUCCAUCACUCACAAGACCAAACUCUCUGCCUUUCCUAUGUGUUUUUAUAUACAUAUAUAUGUGUGUGUGUGUGUGUGUGUGUGUAUGAUCUUCAUUUGUUUUGUUUGUU